AUGGCCGGGCACGCCGUGGCAGACGCCGCCAUUUCCGUGGCAGCCGUGCUCCCAGACGCGGACGGCCACAGCAGCAGGGCCUUGGACUACCUCCUCUCGCACACGCCCGGCUGGCUCGUGGCGCUGUGGCUCGUGGGAGGGUGCUGCACCGCCUGCACGGUGCUCGUCUCCUACAGGCAGACCCUGGAGCACGUGCGGGCCGGCAGGGAGAGCGGCUACGGCGGGAACCCCUUCGCGUCCUUCUCCUUUGGCCCGCGCGCCAGCCGCAUGCUGCACCUGCUGCUCAUGCCGCCCAUGCUCUCCGUCUCCGCCGUCUUCCAGAUGGUGCUGCCGAGCGCGGAGCCGCUGUGCUCGCUGCUGCGCACGGUCCAGGUGUCGCUGGCGGUCCUGCGGCUCGCCGAGCUGCUGUUCAUCCUGGCGGGCGGCUGGACCCGGCUGCAGGCGCGCCUGCCGAAGGAGCCCGUGAAGGCUUUCGGGCAGCCGCCGCUGUGCUGCUUCGUCUGUUCCAAGGUGGUCACCGAGGACGACAUCCGUAUGAUGACGGCUGGAAUCCGGCAGUUCAGUUGGAGCGCGCCGCUGUUGGGAACGAUCGACGCCUAUUUCCAGGCGGUGCAGCCAGAUCACCAGGGGAUGAUCAGAUCCGUCCUGGUCGCGCUGGUUGCCGUCACGACCGUGACAGGGAUGUGGUCGUUCAACAAUUUAUACGCCCUGCUCACCCGCGCCCUGGGCUCGGGCGAGGGCACGCAGAAAGACCGCCAGGCGUUUGUCACCAUCCGAAGAAUAAAACAUUGCAUGAAACGUUGCCUGCGGAGGUUCGCGCGAAUGUCUCGCUGGUCGGCGCUGGACCCCCCCGCCGUAGCGCCUCGGGCGCCGCCCCCUGUUGCGCCAGGGGAGGGCGGACUGUCCAGAGCGAUGCUAAGAAAUCCGCGCGGGCCUCCAGAAGAUUACACGUCGGUCGUUGAACGCAGGUUUUUGGGGAGUCCCAGAUCUCAAUCUACUUCGAGCGCCUUCCUACUUCAAGAAUCCACAUGCUUAUGCUGUGGGUCGGUGUUCUCUGGGAGGGCCUCGGCCAAAUCUACUUUUUCUGCAUUCCUGCUUUGUGGUUUUUCCUGCUUGUUCCGACCGACGUGUACGAAUUUUUGUGCGGUUGUUUGUUUUUCUGGCCAUGCAAAUGGUGUCCGUCAAGCUGGUGUCCCUGAUACUUCGCGGCGUCCUCCCCAAAGACGGGUACACCAACGGCCGCUACUGGACGAUGCUCGGUGGGUGCCCUCCCGCUCCCGAUCCUCUCGGGAUUCGUCGUGUGCGUCGUGCAGCUGCUGCUGGGCCUCCUCGGGCGGCGCGCGUUCCCGGCCUCGCGCAGGCUGUAUCCCGUGCCCGACUUCGGCGCCGGCUACCCGCAGGAUCUGCUCGCCACCCUGCAGCUGA